UUAGUAAAAUUUUCCAUUUUUAUGCAUGUUCUAUCUUUUGGGUUUGUAUUAUGAGUUUACCAAAACAAGUAACGUAUUAGGUUUCAGACAAAAAUAUAUUUUAUUUUUAAAUUGCUAUAUAUACAAAUAUAUGCUCUUUGCUCUACAGCGAUAGAGGAAGCAAGAUAAAAGCUAAAGGAUAGAUGAAUAAUAAAAGAAGAACAUAGAGGAAGUUGGAAGUUGUUGCCUUGCUUUUCUGUUUUUUUGUUGCUGUCUAUAGUGAAGAUGGUGAGGGGAAAGACUCAAAUGAAGCGCAUAGAGAACCCCACAAGCAGGCAAGUGACCUUCUCUAAGCGUCGAAAUGGGUUGCUAAAGAAGGCGUUUGAGCUAUCAGUUCUUUGUGAUGUUGAGGUUGCUCUUAUAAUUUUCUCUCCCAGAGGCAAGCCUUAUGAAUUUGCAAGCUCUAGCAUGCAGGAGACAAUCGAACGUUACUUGAGGCAUACCAAGGAUAAUCGAGUCAAGCCAACUGAACAAAGCAUGCAGCAUCUGAAGACUGAAGCAGAAAAGAUGCUGAAGAAAAUAGAGCUUCUUGAAGUUUCAAGACGGAAGCUGCUGGGAGAGAAUCUGGGUUCAUGCACACUAGAAGAACUACAACAGAUUGAACAACAAUUAGAAAGGAGCGUAACCCGCGUCAGAGCCAGAAAGGCCAAAGUUUUCAAGGACCAAAUAGAGAAAUUGAAAGAAAAGGAGGAAGUCCUAGCCGCUGAAAAUGCAAUGCUUUGUGAAAAGCUAAAAUGCCGUGUUUGUCAGUACGGUAUGUUGCCAGGGAAAGGAUCAAAGGAGGUGAAUGAGAAUGAAGAAGCAAAUGAUGAAAGCAGUCCGAGCUCCGACGUGGAGACUGAACUGUUCAUCGGACUACCAGAAGGGAGAGCUAAACGGAUCGUGCAACCCAACUCAACAGAUUGAUGGCAUUGCCAACUUAUCCCAUGCAUGCUAAAAAGUUCAUUUAUUAAGAAAUCAGCCUUUUUUGUUGCAUUAGCAUCAAAUAGAAGUUCAGAUCAGCAACGUCAUGGCAAGUGAAAUUGCUCAUUGAAAAACUCGUACGAGCAUGAAUGGCCUAAGAUUUGCUAUAUCCUUAUAUUUAGACGAUGGCAUUGAAACGAUCCUACAUCUGUAUUAACCUCUAUAUAUUUGUGCAGAUAUUAAUUAAGAAAGUUGGUUCAGGGUCUAAUGAUUUAAUUGAUCAGCAAAUGAUAUUUUUUCCCUUGAAA